CGAACCUGCUCCAAAUGCUAAUUAGCACUGACUGGCAAUACCUCUACAAAAAUAUGCAAGUGCCAUAAUAUUAGCCUCCUCAUUCUCAGAACUUAAAGGCAACUUUUAUCACAUAAUCCUAUAAGAGUUGGGAAAUCCCAACAGCAGACAAGUCCACAUAGUAUUACAGCUCACAAUAUAGGCAAUGUAUUACUUGCCUGAUGCACCCCAGGUACAAAAGACACAGACAAAAUCAUGACGAACAUGGACUAGAAUAUUCGAAACACUAAUUUGCAGUUAAAAUGGUAAAGCAAAGAAGAAAUCGUUAUUCACAGACCAAUUUAUUAUCAAAUUUCAAUUCACUUAACAACAGGUCCUUCAAAAUUUUUUGGUCACGUUUAAAUAUAAAAGUCAAGUUUCAUACAAAAAGAGCGCGCGGUGAAGAUAAUGUUCUACACCGGCUUAGCGAUUUUUCAAAACUAGAAUUUGUUAUCGCUGUCAAAAAGAAACAGCAGCAAUCCCCUCAAGAAAAAAACGCUAAUUAA